AUGGCUGAUCCGCCCUCAACCGGAGUCGAUUGGCGCCCACGUCGUGAAUACGUGCCCUAUAGCCCAGAGGGAAAUAACAACAACUUGAACGGUGCUGCUACUAAACAUCCGAGGGAAAUCAUCGACCCUGCAAUUCUGCCAGGGGGGAAGAAGUCUCUAGCUGGGAUAUCCAUCCGCUCGUUUGUUUUGGGCCAGGUUUUCGGUCUCUGCAUCGUCCUGACCUUCUUCCUCCUCCUCAAGUCGUCGACCUCUCUAUGGCGAGCUCCUUUCUUCCUCACAACCCUCAGCCUCUUUCAUUUUCUCGAAUACUAUAUUACGGCACGAUACAGUACACCCUAUGCGUCGAUAUCUGCUUUCCUGCUCUCCUCGAACGGUGCAGCUUAUAAUAUUGCGCACACCUCUGCGAUGGCAGAGUGUUUACUUACUCGCUUAGUUCUGCCUGAAAGAUACGCGAGGAUGGUAUCUCUAGCAUUCGGUGGUGCCCAGGUGCAAAUUGGGCUCGGGCUGGUUUUCAUUGUCGUCGGCCAACUUGUCCGGUCGUUAGCAAUGGCACAGGCUGGGACAAAUUUCACUCAUACAGUGCAGUCCCGACGGAGAGAAGGGCACACGCUGGUCAAAGACGGCAUUUACAGAAUCCUCCGGCACCCAAGUUAUUUUGGGUUUUUCUGGUGGAGUUUAGGAACUCAAAUGGUUCUGGGAAACGGAGUCUGUUUCCUUGCCUAUACCAUUGUGCUCUGGAAGUUCUUUUCCAGUCGUAUUCAGAGAGAGGAGAAAUUUUUGAUAAGUUUUUUCGGCAAGGAGUACAUUGAGUAUCGAGAAAUGACGCGGGUUGGAAUCCCCUUUAUUUCCUGA